AUGCUGGUCCUUGGUCUGGAGUCUUCCUGCGACGAGACGGCGGUCGCGUUGGUCAACGACGCGGGCGACAUCCGUGCCAAUAUCGUGCUUUCGCAACUAGCGGAACACCGCCCCUAUGGCGGAGUGGUUCCGGAGAUCGCCGCACGUAGCCAUCUGGACCAUCUGGAUGGCCUUAUCGUCAAGGCGUUGCGGGAAGCUGCCGUCGGCUUCGGCGAUCUUGAUGGCGUCGCAGCCACGCUCGGGCCUGGGUUGAUCGGCGGCGUCCUGGUGGCUGCCAUGACCGGCAAGGCCAUUGCUGCGGCACGCGACCUGCCCUUCGUCGCAGUCAACCAUCUGGAGGGCCACGCCCUGACGGCGCGUCUGACCGACCAUCUGGACUUUCCCUACCUGCUGCUCCUGGUCUCGGGGGGACAUUGCCAACUGCUCGCCGUCGAGGGGGUCGGGCGCUAUCGCCGCUACGGUGGCACGAUUGACGAUGCGGUCGGCGAGGCCUUCGACAAGACGGCGAAACUGCUGGGGCUCGGCUAUCCCGGCGGUCCCGCAGUCGAGCGUGCCGCCGAGUCCGGAAACCCGUCACGCUUCGCCUUGCCGCGCCCCCUGAAGGGCCGCCCCGGCUGCGACUUCUCCUUCUCCGGACUGAAGACGGCGGUACGCCAGCAGGUCGAACGACUGGUCGAGUUGUCGCCGCAGGACCGUGCGGAUCUUGCCGCCAGCUUUCAGGCUGCGGUGGCGGAGGUGAUGAUCGAUCGCAGCCGCAACGCUCUGGUUCGGUUUCGCGAGGAUACGGGGCGGCCGGGCCCGCUGGUCGUGGCUGGCGGUGUGGCGGCCAAUCGCGCGUUGCGUCAGGCGCUGUCGGAGCUGGCCGAGGCUGCGGGAACCGAGCUGGUGGCGCCUCCGCCCAAGCUCUGUACCGACAAUGCGGCGAUGAUCGCCUGGGCCGGGCUGGAGCGUCUGCGCCUGGGGCAGCGCGAUGCUCUCGAUGUCCCGGCGCGGCCGCGCUGGCCGCUGGAGGAACUGCGGACGCCGGACGGCGAGUUGGAGAUCACGGCCGCGAUACGCGGCAUCCAGCUCCGGCUGCUCUUUCCGACACCGGUCGCCUUGCUGCAACUCCCCAACGCGGAGCCUCUCAACGCCGAUCUCAAACGGAUCGUGCUGGAGCGAGAACGAACGCAUGCCGGCAGCGUCCAUUCGAAUUUGGGCGGAUGGCAGUCCAGUUGGGACUUCGCCGAGUGGGGCGGGAAAGCGGCUGCGGCUCUGUUGAACGGCGCCAAGCGGCUGGCCGAGGAUCUGACCUGCGACCGGCAGGGGGCCAAGGUACGCCCGGAUUGGCAGGUCAACGCCUGGGCGAAUGUGAAUCGCAGCGGGCACGGAAAUGAGUUCCACACGCACCCUGGCUGCUUCUGGUCGGGCGUCUACUACGUGGACGAUGGAGGAAUCGCAGCCGACCCCUCGCUUGGCGGUGAGUUCGAAAUUCAAGAUCCGCGGGGUGUCGCUCCGGCCAUGUAUGCGCCGCGCCUGACUGUGGCGGCGACCGGUGGGGCGGCGAUGGGUGCCAGUGAAACCAUCAGCCCUCGCGCCGGCCUCAUGGUCAUGUUCCCCUCCUGGCUAAGUCAUGCGGUGCGUCCCUACUUCGGAAAAGCGACGCGCAUUUCGAUCGCUUCCAGUCGGAAGAGCUACGAAACGUUGGUGGAGGCGGAGACGAUGCUGUUUGCGCUUGUCUGUACGGACAAGCCGGGCACGACUGAGGUUCGCAAGGACAAUCGUCCCCGGCACCUCCAGUUCCUGGAGCGACACUCCGACCAGCUGGUCUAUGCGGGACCCUUGAUCGGCGAGGACGGCGACACGCCGGCCGGCAGCCUGAUCAUUCUCGACGUACCGGAUCGAACCGCCGCCGAGGCCUUCGCUCAGCAGGACCCCUACGCCGAAGCGGGGCUGUUCCAGUCCGUCAGCAUCAAGCCCACGCGUUCACCAGCCCAUCGUGCCGGGGGCGCCUUUGAAGGGGCCGACGACGCGGCUCGUGAUCCAUCCGCCGUAGAAGUCGCCCUCCUGGGAUCGAACGCGUUCGCCGGCAACGCGGCACUCGUCGACCCGGCUGGCAUAGAAGCAGUAGUGCUUCUUCAAGGCCUCGAAGGGCCGCCACGGCGAAGGGUAGGUGGGGGGAUGGCUGGUUUCGAGUACGCGCAGUCCUCGGGUGGUGUCGGCUACCGUGACGCCGUUGAAGACGACAUGACACGACGCAACGAUCACCGCGGGUCUUACCGGCGGGCCGUCAUCACCGGCGCUUCCAGCGGCAUCGGAGAGGCCUUUGCGCGCGCUCUGCCGGACCGAACGGAUCUUCUGCUCACGGGCCGCAGCGACACGGCGCUGGAAGCGCUGGCUGACGCGCUGCAUAGGACUGGACGCCAUAUCGAGAGGCUGGUGGCCGAUCUGUCCGAAGACAAGGGCCGCGACUCUUUGAUCGCCGCCUCCCGAACCUUUGCGCCCGAUCUGCUGAUCAACAAUGCCGGGCUCGGCGCCUUCGGUCGGGCGGUCGAGAAUGAACCCUUGACCGAGCGGGCGAUGAUCGAGGUGAACGUGGUAGCCCCGACGGUGAUCACGCGUGCCCUUCUGCCCGACAUGCUGCAACGUGCCCGCGAGGAGGGUCGAAGGGCCGGUCUGGUGAUGGUCGCUUCCACGGCGGCCUUUCAGCCCUUGCCGUACCUCGCGACCUACGCCGCGACCAAGGCCUUCGACUACUUCUACGCUCAAGGGUUGGCGAGCGAGCUGGAGUACGAACCGGUCGAUGUGCUGACUGUCUGUCCAGGUCCGACGAAGACCCGCUUCUUCGAGCGGGCAGGUAGUCUCCGAGCGCCCUCGGGUUCGCCGAUGAGUUCGGCGAAAGAGGUCGCGGAUCAGGCGCUACGGGCUCUCGGUCGGCAGAACGUGGUGACGAUCGGGGCGAGCAACCGCGCCUAUCGCGGGAUCGCGAAACUGCUGCCCGAGCGCGUUCUGCGCGGGCCGACUCGCCGAGCGGAGAGAGGGAUGUCGAGCGUUGCGCGAGCAGCCUACGCUCUCGGUCAGACUGCGCGGGUCGGCGUAUACUUCGGACAGUACGCGCUGUCGGCCCGUCUGACCCGGCCCGUCAAACCGAAGCGACCGAUCCAGGGACCCUUUGCCGGCCAGGACGAGAUCCUGGCCGAUCUGCGCGGGCUGUUGCAGCGCGAUUGGGAGAACAUCGACGCGGGUCUCUACCGCAUGCCUCACGAUCUGCUGGAGGAGCCGGUGGGCGCGCUGCGCCGUGCGGCGCGCUACUUCCGAGAUCUGCGUUCGGUCGAGCGGCGUCGGCAUAGUGGCGGGCACGACGAGGUCUUGAGUCGUGUGAAUCGCGCCCGUUACCCGCGCUACUACCUGCAGAACUUUCACUUCCAGUCCGACGGCUGGCUCUCCCCGGAUUCGGCUGCAAUCUACGAUCAUCAGGUCGAGGUGCUCUUCACCGGCGGAGCCGACGCCAUGCGCCGCCAGGCUCUGGUGCCCUUGAGCGCCUUUCUCCACGACCGCCGUUCGGCCGAAACGCGUAUGAUCGACAUUGCCUGCGGAACCGGCCGUUUCCUGACCUUCGUCAAGGACAACUAUCCGCGGCUGCAGGUCACGGCACUCGAUCUCAGUCCCGACUAUCUUGCGCAGACCGCGCACAACCUACGACGCUGGCGCGGGGUUGAGACGCGCCAGGCGGCGGCCGAGGCCACCGGUUUGCCGGAUGCUAGCUACGACCUCGCGAGCUGUAUCUUUCUGUUCCACGAACUUCCGCCAAAGGUGCGGCCGCAGGUCGCCAGAGAGAUGGCCCGCAUCCUGAAGCCCGGCGGGCGACUGCUGUUCGUGGACUCUAUUCAGAAGGGCGAUCAGCCGUCCUACGACGGCCUGUUGGACUACUUUCCCGUGGCUUUUCACGAGCCCUACUACAGCAGUUAUGUCGAAACAGAUCUUGAGGCGCUCUUCGGCGAGGUCGGCUUGAAAACUCUGUCGGUCGAGCGCGCCUACUUCUCGCGCGUCAUGGUGCUGGAAAAGUCCGGCUGA